GAGUAGACUGGAAAAGCCCCACCAGGUCUCCGCGCUCCCCCUCGCUCCCACCCUGAUGGAGGAGGCUGCGGGCCAGAGCGGCCUCUGCGGCGCAGUUCGAUGACACAUUGCGCCUGUGCGCGGGGCCCGCUGGGCGGGUGUGAACCCGGGCGGGGUGUGAGCGACCCGCAGCUGGGAGUCAGCGGCUCCCAGGCAGCCCAGCUUUAGACGGAAUGGGGAAGAAGCAGGUGCGUCCUCCACGAGCCCUUCCACCUGUGCCAAGUGCUAAUCAAGAUGAUAUUCCACUUAGUCGUCCUAAGAAAAAGAAGCCCAGAACAAAAACCACGCUAGCUAGUGCUUCUUUGGAAGGUCUUGUUCAGACUGCUGUUCACAGGCCACCUGAGGGCAGUGAGCCACCAACUAAAGACCCCAUAGAACAUCAAGAAGCUCCUGUUCAAAGGAGACAGAAGAAGACGAAGCUACCUCUUGAACUGGAGACUGCCUUUACCCAGAAGAAGACUUCUAGUGCAUCUUUAUUACCAAAUGAAAAUGGUAUCAACGUGGAGCCAGCUGAGGAGCCAGCUAUUCAGAAACCUCGAAGGAAGACAAAGAAAACCCAGCCAGCAGAAUUACAUUAUGCCAAUGAGCUAGGAGUUGAAGAUGAAGACAUAAUUACUGAUGAGCAAAGUAGUCCAGAACAACAGUCUGUACUGACUGCACCCACUGGUAUUAGCCAGCCUGUAGGGAAAGUGUUUGUGGAAAAAAGCCGGCGAUUCCAGGCUGCUGAUCGCUCAGAGUUGAUAAAGACCACAGAAAAGAUAGACGUGUCGAUGGACAUGAAGCCUUCCUGGACCACCAGAGAUGUUGCACUGUCAGUGAACCGGGCUUUCAGGAUGAUUGGUCUCUUUUCUCAUGGCUUCUUGGCUGGCUGUGCUGUGUGGAAUAUUGUUGUGAUAUAUGUUUUAGCAGGAGACGAGCUUUCUAACCUCUCAAACCUUCUGCAACAAUACAAGACGUUAGCAUAUCCAUUCCAGAGUCUUCUCUACUUGCUUUUGGCUCUAAGUACAGUUUCAGCUUUUGACAGGAUUGACUUUGCUAAAACAUCAGUAGCCAUCCGAAAUUUUCUUGCCCUGGAUCCAACAGCUUUAGCAUCUUUCUUGUACUUUACUGCUCUUAUAUUAUCUCUGAGUCAACAAAUGACAAGUGACAGAAUCCACCUUUACACACCUUCUUCUGUUAAUGGUAGCCUCUGGGCAGAAGGAGUUGAGGAACAGGUUCUCCAGCCAUGGAUUGUGGUGAAUCUGGUGGUGGCCCUUCUGGUUGGAUUAUCUUGGCUUUUUUUGUCUUAUAGGCCAGGCAUGGAUCUUAGUGAAGAGUUGAUGUUCUCCUCUGAUGUGGAAGAAUAUCCUGAUAAAGAUAGAGGAAUCAAAGCCUCUUCAUAGUGCCAACUCACCUUCAGAGUAAUUACCUAGUAUUUAGAAUUUUUCCCAUUCUUGUUUUUAAAUGUAUUUUUAUAAGAUAUUUACAGAUGUAUUUGGAAUUGAUUUUUCGAUUAUAUAAUACUGAAGAAUUUCUCAGGAUUAUGGAAAAUGUUAAAAUUGUAUCUGUGAUUUAUACCCAACCAUUAAUUUCCAUAGCAUUAUUGUCUUUAUGACAAAGGAGAUGCUGAGGUAGAAACCAGCAGGUUAAAGUGUUUAUUUCCUGUUUUCUCAAAUUAGUUGCAUUUAUAAUCAUUAUCUUUAAAAGUACUGUAUACAGUGCUUUUAAAAAAGCCAUAACUUUAGUGUUACAAAAUAGGUUUAAACAUUAAUUUAGGGAAUAGGGAAGAAGGGGGGAAAAAGGACCUUCAUUAUUUUUCAUGACUCCUUACUGAAUAAAUUGAAAUAUGAAAUUUGGUUUUUUUUGAAA